AUUUCACGACCGCGCUCUUUUCUACGGAGCCUCGACCAAGAAGAAUCACAGACUGAGAGAAAAAAGAGAGAGAAAUUCGCAAACCCUAGUUUCGGAAAGAUCGGCGAUGGCUUCCUCCAAGGAUCGCGAGAAUUUCGUCUACAUCGCCAAGCUCGCCGAACAGGCUGAGCGAUACGAAGAGAUGGUGGAUUCAAUGAAGAAUGUUGCGAAUCUCGACGUUGAACUGACCGUGGAGGAGCGGAAUUUGCUUUCUGUGGGGUACAAGAAUGUGAUUGGUGCUCGCAGAGCGUCGUGGAGGAUCUUGUCUUCCAUAGAGCAAAAGGAAGAGACAAAAGGGAAUGAAUUGAAUGCGAAACGGAUUAAGGAGUAUAGGCAGAAGGUUGAAUUGGAGCUUUCGAACAUCUGUAAUGAUGUUAUGAGAGUGAUUGACGAACACCUUAUACCUUCAGCUACAGCUGGGGAAUCCACUGUGUUUUACUAUAAGAUGAAAGGAGAUUAUUAUCGUUAUCUUGCUGAAUUUAAGUCAGGCAAUGAGAAGAAGGAAGCUGCUGAUCAGUCUAUGAAAGCAUAUGAGUCUGCUACCACUGCAGCAGAGGCUGAAUUACCACCCACACAUCCCAUUCGAUUGGGUCUAGCCUUAAAUUUCUCAGUUUUCUAUUAUGAGAUCUUGAAUUCACCCGAAAGAGCUUGUCAUCUUGCAAAGCAGGCUUUUGAUGAAGCUAUUUCUGAGCUUGACACCUUGAAUGAGGAGUCAUACAAAGAUAGCACCUUAAUCAUGCAACUUCUCAGGGACAACCUGACUUUGUGGACUUCUGACAUCCCAGAAGAUGGAGAAGAUGCCCAGAAAGUGAAUGGCACUGCCAAGCUUGGUGGAGCAGAUGAUGCAGAGUGAGUCCGAUGGCUGGUGGCGACUUCCUUGGGAUUUGAUGCAUGUGUUUGGGAAUGAAACAUGAGGGCCGGUUACUUAUCUGUGUAUUAGCUAGAGAUAGGGUUCCAUUGUUUCGUCUUUGUUUCUUGUUGAUCGGCCAUACUUCCCGAUAGGGGAAAAAGAAACUCCAUUUGUGCUAUAUUUAUGGUAUGUUUUUAUUUGUGUGGUGUCAGGAAAUGGCCUAUUUCAUUCCUAAGCCUUUUCCUCCUGUCUGUGGGGGAUUUGAUUGAUGAGGAUUGCUUAUGGUGUAUUUCCUUUUCCAAUGAAAUGCUACAACUUUUACUGCAAUGUUGGAGGUUGAUUCUUCCAUGAUUGUUUAA